ACGAAAUCGGGCUGCCUAAUCGCAUGAAUGCGAAUAAUGCACUGCACGUGAUGCAGGCGCGACCGUAAGCUAGCAGUCUCGGCAGCACGAUGGCAGAAGCAGAAGAUUUGCGCGCGUUGCUAAGCAGGCAGCACUCACGCAUAGACGCGCUGGAGAAGCAGUUAGGGGUGACGCCAGCGGAAGCGGAGGACGUGGAUCUUCCGGCCGCCGAGUAUAACCGCGUCUUCGCCGCGACUGUCGCGUUGCUCAUCUACAACUGCUCGUCGGGGCUGGUCAUAUCGUUUACGGCGGCCGGCGGCAUCGAAGGCAAUUUAUCCCAAUUUGGAUACCUCCUUUGGCCCCUUCCUUGGACCGCGAUAUUCGGCCUCUGUUUCGGAACACUCGACUCGGCGGAAGCUGGGCGGCGUGCCAUCAGACUGCUCCGUCUCUGUUGCGUCGCCCACCUGAUCGUUGUGCCUCUUCUCCACUGGACCUCGGGCCUUCGCGGGCAGGCUCUCUUCGCCAUCUUCCAAUUUUUAAUUAACAUCUUCUAUUUGCCCUGGCUAUGCGGAUCCAUGAUCGAACUGCUCCGGAGGCGGGGGUCGCGGAGGGCCCAGGCAGAGUACUACACCUCGCGCUCUCUCAAGCUUGCGGGCUUCCAGAUAUUGCUCCUGGUGGCUGCCGUCGGCCAAGGCAUCAACCGAAAGGAGACCUACCCGCGGAUUUAUGCCACAUUCGUCUUCAGCGCCUCGAUGUCAUUUGCGUGGAAGUAUAUGAUUGCGAUCUUCGACGUCGCAGCAGUCAACAGGCGCGAGGCUGCCAAGCUGCGACUCUCAUGCAUCCAGGCGACAGCGCUCAUCCUUGUCGGUGCGUUCGUCCUCUCAGGCCUUUGCGGAUACGUCUUAUCCAGCCAGAAAGAGCCGCCAGGGGCUGUGGUAUUAUUGGUUGGUCACGUCAUGCUGGCUACUGGUUUCUCCUCAAUCGUACCCGUGGGUCGCCUCGUCUGGGUCGCGCGGUAUCAUCAUGGGCGCGACGACUCCCCGGCC